AUGGGCAAAAAACUUUCUUACCCUUUUCUUCUUUUCCUUUCAAUUUCACUUGCCUUGUUUUUCCAAUCAACAAAUGCAGGUAGUUUAGUGGUUUAUUGGGGCCAAAACAAUGGUGAUGGAUAUUUGAUAGACACAUGUAACUCUGGUCUCUUCCAAAUAGUAAACAUAGCAUUCCUUUCAACUUUUGGAAUUGGCCGUCCACCACAGUUAAAUCUAGCUGGCCAUUGUGUCCCAAAUAAUUGCCAAAACUUGAGAAACAGCAUAAAGAACUGUCAAAAUAAAGGCAUUAAGGUUAUGCUUUCCAUUGGUGGUGAGUAUAGAAACACAUACUCUUUCUCAUCACCAGAAGAUGCUAUGCAACUUGCUGACUACAUAUGGAACAACUUUUUGGGAGGUAACUCAAACUCUAGACCUUUUGGUGAUGCUAUAUUAGAUGGAGUGGAUUUUGAUAUUGAAGGAGGUAGUAACCUCCACUAUGCAACACUUGCUAGAAAGCUACAUGAUCAUUAUAAUUCAGAUUCUACAAAAAAGUUUUAUUUAACUGCUGCACCAAUGUGUCCCUUUCAAGAUAAUAUACUUCAAAGGGCACUUUCUACUGGCCUUUUUGACUAUGUUUGGGUUCAAUUUUACAAUAAUCCUAUUUGCAACUUUGAAACAAACAAUCCAACUAAGUUUAAGAAUUCAUGGAACCGGUGGAUCAAUUCUAUCCCUGCUAAAAACUUUUUUGUUGGACUUCCUGCCUCAAGAAGUGCAUCUCAGAAUGGUUUUGUGCCAUCAUCAGAUCUCAUAAAUCAAUUGCUGCCUAUUGUUAGAUCACCUAAGUAUGGAGGUGUGAUGAUAUGGGAUAGGUUUCAUGAUAUAACAUCUAAAUAUAGUUCUCAGAUCAAAGGAAGCGUUUGA